CGCCAUCUAUUUGUUUUGGAUUUUCCCAUACCAUUCUCACCAAAUAAAAAGAUUUUCCCACCAAAUCAUGAAUUUAUUAAUUUAUGCAGCUUUGAAAUAGGAAAGGCUAAUUAAACCACAAAGAAAAAAAAAGGAAAGGCUUGACCGGAUGGAAAACGAUGUUGUACAUGACAAUAGAAUUAGGGUAGCUUUACCUUCAUCAUUCGCAUCCUUCAUUCUUCCUCAGAUCCACCCAUUUCCACACCAUCGUUCCAGUGCAAAGGAUAACGAAACCAGCACGAAAAUCCCAAAUCCUGCCCAAAACAACAAUCCAACGAUGGAGCUCCAAACAGAAUCGCGACGGAACGCGUGCUCGGACUCGCCCAGAAGGUCCUGUUCGCUCUUCCCUCUCUGCUCUCUCGAUUCCAUUAUAGCUUAACGAUUUUGGUUUCUCAUUUCUUUUCAUCUUGGAUGGCAAGUUGUUCGGAUUGCAAUCAUGUUCGGAUCAUGCACGGCCAAGGCAUCAACCAAUUCUCUGAUUUGAAGGAAUAUGAAAGACUGGAAAGGAUGGAGCAACACUUGAGAAUCGAUAAAACACCUUUGUCCCCAAACGCCAGCUACAAACAGGAAAUGCUCGAUGUCCCGGUUUUGUACAUAGUCGGAGCUUUCAUCCCAGCAACAAUGAUAGCGGUGCUACAUUACUUUGAUCAUAGUGUGGCAUCUCAGCUAGCUCAGCAGAAAGAGUUCAACUUGAGGAAACCACCCUCUUUCCACUAUGACUUGCUUCUUCUUGGUUUCAUGGUCAUCUUGUGUGGUCUCCUCGGAAUCCCUCCAGCGAAUGGAGUCAUCCCUCAAUCUCCAAUGCACACCAGGACUCUGGCUACUUUAAAACAUCAGUUGCUUCGUAGAAAACUCUUGGCCACAGCACGCAAGCGCAUGAGUGAGAAUGCAAGCUUGGGGAAAGUUUAUGCAAGCAUGAAAGAGGCCUAUCAACAGGCUCAAAGCCCGCCGAACCUUCCGGGACCUUCUGCUCCUCAAUCCUGGGCAUCCGUUUUCGUGUGGGGUAACAUUGGCCAAGCUUGCCGCUGUCACAACAGAUGACGAGGGAAAUGAAACAUUUGAUGCAAGCGGUGCUUUGGAUAAAUUGAGCAAGGUAGCUUGUUUUUUAUUUAUCCUUUUUGUUUUUAUUUUAUUUAUGGUGCUUGUUUUUUAUUCAUCAUUAGUUUUGGUAAAUAGUUGGUAUAAUACAAAUACUAUCUUGUAUACAGGUUGAAAAACUGUACCAGCAUCCAAUGUUCCGUAAUGAUUGGAGGGACAAAGUACAUUGGGGCAGUGGCAACAUCCAAAAAAUACGCAAGGAUAAAAUCGAAAAUACUUGCAACGAGAAAAUGGAAAACGACCAUAAGGCAAGUUUUGGACCUGCUAACUUUAUCUUUCUUUGAGCAUAUUGUCAGUUUGUAUCCUUCAACCACUUAUAUUGUUUUUUCUAUUUUGCAGACCUCGUAACAUGCAUCCUGCUCUCAAACAAUUUUGGCAGCAUCGAAUUGCAACCAUAAGCAUACUGCUGGUUUCCGGGUGAGCUGAUAAUGAAAACAUAUUUAACUUGCUUGCUUAGUAGUCUCUCAAGGUUGCUUUAGUAGAAACUUUUUUUAGAGUUUAAGUCGCAGAAUGAUCUAAAUACUGUUCUAAAACCAGAAUAUCCAUGAUCUUAAAGAACCAAAAGGUACCCAAAAAAGUACCAAAAAAUACCCAAUAAAACACCCUAACAUCCUAACCAGACCAAUAACUCAUAAUAGCCAGUCGAAUAACUCAAAUAGCUAAGUUGUUGCUCCUUUGUUGAUCACUUCUCGUACGUGGCUUCUUCUACAACAUUGAAUACACUAAAGUUAGUACGAAAAAGAUAUGGAUGCAACAAUAUUAGGUAGACAUGCACAAGGAACUAGAGAUGGCAACAAAACCCGAAUCCACGGGUACCCACCCGACCCAACCCGGUCAACGCGGGUAAAACCCAUGUUGACGGGUUUUGGGCCGGGUUUGGGUUUAAACCCGCUACACUAUUCACCGGGUCGGUUUGGGUUUAGGUAAACCCGCCCCAUGGGUACCCGCCCACACAUAUAAUUACUUUUUCGGUAUAUUUAAUAUUCUAAAUAAUAUAUCUUCCUUAAAUAACUAAUAUUCUUUAUGUUUGUAGAGACAUGUAUAAUUUGUUCUUUCUAAUUGUUUAGAAUGAAGUUAAUAUUAUGAAGUGGAGACUGAAGAAACUUAGUUGAAGAGGAAGAAACUUUCAAUUAAUCU